CGCCUUGCGCCAUUUUGAAAGUGUAAUUCAGGGAGAGGCAGAGGCGAGGGAAAUCUCAAAGUGGAGUACAAAGUCUAAAAACCCGUAUUGCCGGUUGUAGUUUACUUUCUUUAGCUGAAAACUACUUCGUGCCGUUUUGUUCCACCGGGCCGAAGACUUCAGCGGUCCCACGACUGAGCGGCAGCACCCCCUGGUUCAUUUGUGCCCUGCUCUACGGUCAGAACCUCCCAGUCGACCCGGGUCAGCACUGCCCCAGAUCAGGGCCCGAGCCCGCUGCAGAGACCUGUCUGUCCGACGCUCUCACCAUGGCAGGGGCCGAUGGUGGGACCACUGAUGUGCAGUGGUGCUUUUCUCAAGUCAAAGGAGCGAUAGAUGAUGAUGUCGCCGACGCUGACAUCAUAUCCACUGUUGAAUUCAACCACUCUGGGGAACUACUAGCUACUGGGGACAAAGGAGGUCGUGUUGUCAUCUUUCAGCAGGAGCCAGAGAGUAAGAAUCAGCCACAGUGCCGUGGAGAGUACAAUGUUUACAGCACCUUCCAGAGCCAUGAACCUGAGUUUGACUACCUGAAAAGCCUUGAGAUUGAGGAAAAGAUCAACAAGAUUCGAUGGUUGCCUCAGAAAAAUGCUGCACACUUUCUUUUGUCUACAAAUGACAAAACUAUAAAGCUGUGGAAGAUUAGUGAACGUGACAAGAGACCUGAGGGGUACAAUCUGAAGGAAGAGGAUGGGCGAUUCCGAGAUCCCAAUACUGUCACAACACUGCGGGUACCAGUAUUUAGACCCAUGGACUUGAUGGUGGAGGCCAGCCCCAGACGAGUGUUUGCCAAUGCUCACACCUACCACAUCAACUCCAUCUCAGUCAACAGCGAUCAUGAGACCUAUCUGUCUGCAGAUGAUCUUCGCAUUAACCUGUGGCACAUGGAGAUAACUGAUCGCAGCUUUAAUAUUGUUGACAUAAAACCAACUAAUAUGGAGGAGCUGACAGAGGUCAUCACAGCAGCGGAGUUUCACCCCAGCCAGUGUAACACUUUUGUAUACAGCAGCAGCAAGGGCACCAUUCGUCUGUGUGAUAUGAGGGCAUCAGCAUUAUGUGACAAGCAUGUCAAAUUGUUUGAAGAGCCAGAGGAUCCAAACAAUCGCUCAUUCUUUUCUGAAAUCAUUUCAUCCAUCUCUGAUGUGAAAUUCAGCCACAGCGGACGCUACAUGAUGACGCGGGACUACCUGUCUGUCAAAAUCUGGGAUCUCAACAUGGAGACCCGGCCAGUAGAGACGUAUCAGGUGCAUGAGUAUCUCAGGAGUAAGUUAUGUUCUCUUUAUGAGAAUGACUGCAUCUUUGACAAGUUUGAGUGCUGUUGGAAUGGAAAAGACAGUGUUGUGAUGACUGGCUCCUACAACAACUUUUUCAGGAUGUUUGACAGAGGCUACCGGCAGGAUGUGACCCUAGAAGCUUCGCGAGAGAACAGCAAACUGCGGUCAGUCCUGAAGCCCCGCAAAGUGAGCACAGGUGGGAAGCGUAAAAAGGAUGAGAUCAGUGUAGACAGCCUGGACUUUAACAAGAAAAUCCUCCACACUGCCUGGCACCCACUGGAUAAUAUCAUUGCUGUGGCCACCAUCAACAAUCUGUACAUAUUCCAGGAAAAACUGAACUAGCAUUUCAUGAACCAGUCUCCCUUUGAGCCCCACUGCUCUGAAACGCAUACAAAAACAGUAUCUGCUGUCUGCUAAAUACAAGAUCUGCCCUUUGUGAUUUUUCUUUUUUGUAUUGAAGGUGACGAGAAUCUUUCUGUCAACAAACAGCAGUGGCAUUUACACAGUGUAUACCAGCGAGCCAUCGCAAGAACAUUUUGCUUUUUCUAAUACGGACAUGAAAAAGCUCAGUUUGUAGAUCUCAGUACAGACUUUGAUUUAGUGUCAUGGAAUUCCUCCAAUAGGAUCACUCCAUUCACCAAGCUAUUACCUUUUUCCAUUACACCCCAAACCAAAGGGAAAUGUGUUAAACCACACAUUUGGCUAGUUUCUUUGAGUUUUAUUUUGUGCCAUUCUGACAUGAUUUAUUUGUAUGCCGGAGCUAGCUAACAUUAAUUUUUGUCCACAUUUUUGUUUUAAAUUAGGUUGAAUAGGGAAUUAUUUGUACGGUUUCUACAUGUCUAAAACUUCCUUGUCAUACUGGCCUGAACACUUAUAAUUCAAGCUGUCAGAACUCUGUAUUUGCUUCUCAUGUUGCCAAGUUCACUCCCCACUUCUUCCUUAAUGAGGUAUGUGCAGUAUGUUUAUGCUCUUAAAGGGCCAUUCCAAGUUUUUAUCAUGUUUGAGCUAUACAAAUAGUGUAGAACACAACUAGUGUACAGAUAUUAAUAAUGAUUUCUCUGCAGCUGAUUUCUCUGCAGCUGGAAUCGAUUGACAGACUAUAAAGCCAACUACAGUCAGCAGUUUGUCUCAGAAUUGCUUGAAGGUAAUGCAGCUGCAAGUAUCCACUGACAUCUGAAGUAAGCUAGCAAACAAAAACCUACUACACUGAUGCACUCCAUUUCCACGAUGUCAGUGGUCAAACAGUUUGUCUUUUGUGAAAGGUUCUUGGUUUGGGCUGCAUUACCAAGAUUAAUAAGAUGGAUUACCAUUUUAAUCAACUACAAACCCUUGAUGUUUAUUUUGUAUGUAUUUAAAUCAUGACUUUUUGGAUAAUGGUCACUCAAUGUAUACGUUGUUUUAGUUUAUGGACUAAAAUAAGAGAUAACUGUGCAUUCAUGUAACAAAACACCUCAAUGGCAUGCACCCACAUUUGGCACUUUGGUACUUUUGGGAGGUAUAUUGAUUGAACUGAUGCCAAAGUAAUCAGUCCCAUAGACUAUGAAGUUAUGCACACAAGCUGCACUGGUCAGACUGGUUAUCCCCCACAUGUGUGAAAAACUAGCUCAAGAUAAAAGCUUAUAUAUGAUCACCUGUGGAAGAACGUAGUGGCCUAAUACUUUUCAUGGUCUCUGGUGCUUAGCAUUUGCCAGCUUCCCACAAAACUUGUGUUGUUGAUCAUUGUGCCCUCUGGAUCUCAUUUCUGUUAGUUUUUUCUUUUUUUUAUGUUUUGUACUGUACCCAAGAAAGGAAAAUGAUCACUAUAGCUGACUUAUUUUUGUAUAAAUUAAGGCGACAGGAUUACAGUCCGAUCACUGUAGUUUCUUUAGACUGAUUGUGCAUGGAAGGUUGCCUGAUGGUGUGACCUUUCUGUCAUAAGGGAUGUUCUCUUCUGGUUGGAGAGAUUUUGUGACAUCAAGGAAGUGUCUUUGACGUGGGAUGUCCAAAGAAAAGUAUUUUCAGGUGUCAGUACUUCUGUAGUCAUAAGCACUAGAACAGUUUAUUUUUUUAAUUUGGCUGUUUUGACUGAUGUUUAUGUAGGUCUUAUUUGGAUGUGACAGACUUAGAUUGGAUCUAAAGAUUUUGUUCCUGUGCCAUGGUUUUGUUUAUGAAUAAUUUUGCUCGCUGUGAAUGAAUAGGCCUUUGUUGGCCUAAAUGGAAAAAACAUUUUAAUCACAGAUUUAAUGUUAAAACUGUUGAUCAGGUUCUCUUUAAAGCUAGUCAAGAUAAUUGACUAGACAAGAGUUACUGUUUGUUUGUUUUUUUUUGUUUUUGUCUUUUCAAUUGUACGAAAUGUCUUCUCUUUCUCCUGUGAUGCAGGGGUAGCUCUAUACAGGCUUGCAAUAUUUAAAAAAUCAGUUUGUGAAGCACUUGGUUUUCUGAUGAUUGAAUUGGAGCUGUCCUUAAUGAUUUGGAUAAAAUACUUCAGGAGUUAAAGCAGCACUGCUGAUUUUUUUUUUUUUUUUUUUAAAAGCUAUGCUUCUAUUAAAUGUUGCCAAUUCUCUUAUGGAGCAAAUAGUUUGAUUCUAGCACAGUUUUAUGGAAAACACUUUAUCAUGACGCACUUGGUGGCUAAAUCAGGGCAUGUACCUUAUUGAUCCACUGCAUGUUAUGCAUUUAAUUUAAUGUCACUUCUACCUUAGGUAAUUGAUCUUCAAUCACAUGGAUGCCACCAAAAUCACCACCACUGCCUAAACAGCAGGUGGUGUUAAGCGGUUAUUAUUGUCAUUUCCUCAGGGCUCAAGGUAAUGUCAGGUAAUGAGACACUUUGCUCUUGAAUUCAACAGUCUUGGUGAGAACUUAUUUUUUCCUUUCUGAUGCAGAAACAUAUGAGGAUCAUUUAUCUCAUGACAUUUGUGUAAAACCUGAAUGAUGUGGCACCUUCGUCCCAUUUCACAGCCUGGGAUGAUUGAUUAGUCAUCAGCUGACAAGGAAUAUAAUCAAUUUGGAAAUGACAUCAGUGAUCAAGUCAUGCCUGAAUAAAAAUACUGGAUAGCAUGUAAUCAUUUCAUUAUUAUUCUGUGGAAAUCUACUGAGUCAUCAUUGACCUUUAGAAAAUCCAUACCUUUCAGAUGCCAUGGAUGGCCGUUGUAUGUAUGAGUAUCAAACCUGUCACAUUACUGAAAAUUAGUGACUGACUUAUAGUGCUAAACAACUAACCAGUAAUUUAACUCUUCAUUUUCCCCUCAUACUGUCUUCAUGCCGUUGUUGUGUAUGCCAACAAAGAUGUUCUGAAGAACCCUUUUGCCUUUCUUACAGAAUUAAUGAUAAGAUAAUCAAGUAUGUUUCUUGAACUUUCUGGCAUGCCAGACAGGAGACUGCUCAGGGGAAUUUACCGCUGCUCUGUGAUCAAAACCUUGUACCUUCAAGAAAGUGACUUUUUUAGGACUGAAAACAGCCUUUAUUUACCAGAAGAUACACUUUUGAGAUUAAAAUUUCUAUUAUAUCUUUUAAUGGGUUUCAUAUUCCUAGGGUCAGUGAAACUUGCCCUAUGUAAAAACAAAACUCUGAAUUGGAGUUAUGAGGUUUUUCCUCCCAGCAGCAGCAUUAUAUACAUGUCUAAUGUGUCACAGGAGUUUAAAAAAAUGCACUUUUUAUUUUUGUGAACUUCAUUAAUUUGUAUGUUCUUGUUUUUCUUUCACGGGGCUCUUGAACUAAGAGUUUUGGUGAUCUGUUUGGGGGGGAAACUACAAGUGGUUCAUUGUACAGUUUUGUCUUUGUCCAAUGGAAUAAAUGACAAUUUAGAUGAAGAGUAAUAAAGAAUUUCAGGUUUCAGAAUAAAACAUUUGAUCUGC